AUGAUCGCGGAGGCGGUGAAGGUGGUCGUGGGCUGCCGGCCCAUGAACCUGCGCAAGCGGGAGCUGCACUGCCAGCCUGUGGUGACGGUGGACUGUGCGCACGGCCAGUGCUUCAUCCAGAACCCUCCCGCCGCCAACAAGCCACCCAUGCAGUUCACCUUCGACGACGCCUACCACAUGGACCAUGUCACCUAGCAGAUCUACAAGGAGAUCGCCUACCCGCUGGUGGAGGGUGUCACCAAGGGCUACAAUGGCACCAUCUUUGCCUAUGGACUGACUGGCAGCAGAAAGUCCUGGGAGGGCCUGCCGGACCCGCCCUCCCAGCGGGGCAUCAUUCCCAGGGCCUUUGAGCACCUGUUUGAGAGUGUGCAGUGCACAGAGAACACCAAGUUCCUGGUGCGGGCCUCCUACCUGGAGAUCUACAGUGAGGACGUGCGGGAUCUGCUAGGAGCUGACACCAAGCAGAAGCUGGAGUUGAAGGAGCACCCAGAGAAGGGCGUGUAUGUGAAGGGGCUGCCCAUACACAUGGUGCACAGCGUGGCACAGUGCGAGCGCAUCAUGGAGAUGGGCUGGAAGAACCGCUCGGUGGGCUACACCCUCAUGAACAAGGACUCCUCGCGCUCCCACUCCAUCUUCACCAUCAGCAUGGAGAUCUACGCUGUGGAUGAGCGGGGCAAGGACCACCUCUACGCUGGCAAGCUGAAUCUGGUGGACUUGGCGGGCAGCGAGCAGCAGUCCAAGACGGGAGCCACCGGGGAGCGGCUCAAGGAGGCCACCAAGAUCAACCUGUUGCUGUCAGCGUUAGGCAACGUCAUCUCGGCGCUGGUGGAUGGGCGCUGCAAGCACAUCCUGUACCGCGACUGGAAGCUCACCCGGCUGCUACAGGACUUGCUGGGCGGCAACACCAAGACGCUGAUGGUGGCCUGCCUGUCGCCUGCUGACAACAACUAUGACGAGUCCCUGAGCACGCUGCUCUAUGCCAACCCGGCCAAGAACAUCAAGAACAAACUGCGCAUCAACGAGGACCCCAAGGACGCGCUCCUUCACAAGUACCAGGAGGAAAUCAAGAACCUCAAGGCCAUCUUGGCCCAACAGAUGGGCCCUGGCGGCCAGACAGGUAGGCUGGCGGGCGGUGGCGGCUGGCAGAGGAGGCAGGAGCUUGCCCCUGAUUUUACUGCCCCCACUUCUGAUUCCAUGUGGGCACAGCUUUCCCUGUUUGGUUGUUUUGUUCAUCUUAUUUGA